UAGUCAACGUGUAAUCAAUCUCUCUCUCUCUCUCUUACAUAGGAAGAGGGCAUUUUUAAUUUGAUCAAAUUCAAAUAUGAAUGUUGUAUUUCAUCUAUUCAAAUGAACAAGUUUGUUUUGGAGAGUUGAUUUGCCACAAUAGAUUUUUUGUUUUUGCUUUCAUUUACAGUAUCCAAUUUUUGAUGCAUUGAAUAUUCUCUUUGAAUAGUCAAGGAAUCAAACAAAGAAAGAAGUUGGAGGAGCAGUAGACCGGAAAAUAAGCAACAUAUGCACAAGUUUCAUUUAAAUUUAAAGGCAUAGGUUUAUCCUUUUUGAAGUUUGUGGUCAAAAUAUAAACUUUGAAAUACUAUACUAAUGGACAUUGAUCUGUACGAUGAACUUUUUCCAAUGAAUUCAUUAGUCUCUAGAUAUACAUUGAAUUUAGUAGAACCUCGUUCCCAAACGUCUCUCCUGUUUUCUAUUUAAGGAGUAUAAAGCUACCUUGGAGCUCCUCUGUGUAACACUUCCUUCUCAAAGGUUUCAUGGGAAGUCGGAUAGUGGAGCUGCCUCCAUAUACGGAGUUCGUUUGGAGAAUUGACAAUAUUUCGAAGUUGGCAACUUAUAUGGAACACUACUCUGACAUUUUUUUGGUUGGUGAUUGUGAAUGGAAGGUGUCAAUUAAUCCGAAGGGAUAUAACUACGGGGAUGAUGACCACUUGUCCAUUAUCCUUUGGCCAGUAGACGACUCAUCCAAAUUAUCGUAUGCCAAGUUCAGUUUCUCAGUUGUUAAUCAAAUCAAUAGCGACGGCACAGUAAUAGCAGAUGGAGAAUACGAAUUCGCUGACGAAAAUGGUCGGGGUUUCUUAAACUUUAUGCCUGUAAGAGAACUCAUCAAUGAUGAAGGUUAUGUUGUGAAUGAUACUUGUAUUGUAACUGUUAGGAUUUCUUCUUGUAGAAUGUUGGAUAACUCAACAGAUUAUGAGGAUGGUGAUGAGGAUGAGGAGGAGGAGGAGGAUAAAGUGAAUAAGCUAUCUCUCUUAAUCACGGAAUCUCAAGCGAAAACUUUUUUGAAGACAAUUUACACUAUACAUCAUGGGAAGACCUCCUUGUUGUGACAAAACGAACGUAAAAAGGGGUCUUUGGACUGCUGAAGAAGAUGCAAAGAUACUCGCUUACGUAUCAAGGCAUGGUACCGGUAACUGGACCGCUGUCCCGAAAAAAGCAGGACUUAAAAGAUGCGGGAAGAGCUGUAGAUUGAGGUGGACAAACUAUUUAAGACCUGAUCUCAAGCAUGACACUUUUACACCUCAAGAAGAAGAACUGAUUAUUAGGCUUCAUGCAACCAUAGGUAGCAGGUGGUCUCUCAUAGCAAACCAGCUUCCCGGAAGGACAGAUAAUGAUGUCAAGAAUUUUUGGAACACUAAGCUAAGGAAGAAACUACAAGAAAUGGGAAUAGACCCAGUUACCCAUAAACCCAUUUCUCAGAUCAUUAUAGACUAUGGUAACAUCAGUGGACUGCCAAACAAAACAACAAGGUUUGGAUCGCUGAAUCGAGAUUUAAGGAAUGCGUUUAUGUCCACAAAACCAGAACCAGUUUCAUCUUCAGUUACACAAGAUCAUUCCAUUUCUAACAUGACAAGUAAUAAUACUUCAACGGGUGUGGAUAUCAAGACACCAAAAAUGGAACCAACGCCAGAAAUGUCUUUUAACAACUGUCGUUCAUCAUCAUGGGAUCUUUUAGCUCAAAUUCAUGCUAUGCAGCUAGUUACAGGAUCUUCAAAUAACUGCAACAAGAACAAGGAGAUUGUUCAGCCUAAUUACUUCCAUGAAGGCUCAUCCUCCUCUUCAUCAGCUUCUUCUUCUAAUAUCAUUAACAAUCAGGCAGGGUCAUCAUCGCCACCACCAUCUUAUCUUCUGAACCCUCAGUCAUCUUUAGUGCCAACAACUGAACCUUCAUCUCCAUUGUUUAGUUGGAGUGAGUUCCUUCAUGAAGAUGCAUUUCUUCCUUCUGAUCAACAACAACAACCGCAGCAGCAGCAACAAAAACAAGAUCUUCAAUGGAUGUCAUAUUCGAAUGGUUCUUCAUCAAUUCAAGCACAGCAUGAGAUGCCUAAAAUGGAGAACUUCAAGAAUGUGGAUGAACAACGUACUUCCAAUGGAGUUAGAGAAAUGGGUAAUGGUAAUUUCAAUUAUAUGGGUCAACAAACAAGUUAUCAUCCUGUGGUUAAUGGUAUGGCAGGCGAAGCAGCGACUGGCAUUGGACCAUCUUCGGCUUCUAAUAACUCAUUUGUUAAAGGAAUCUUAGAUCAAGAGAUUCAUGACAGUGAGAUGUUGUGGGAAUUCCCUAGUCUUUUUGAUGACUCAUAUUAAUGAGCCUGCUUAUUUCAAUUCAGCAUUCCUAAUUAUAGGAUCAACCAAUGAGCCUGCUUUAAGUAGUUAGUAGUUCUGUGUGGUCUAGUAGCAGUAGUAGUACCAAACUGGUUGCCAUUUCAUAAGUUAUUAAAAGAUGUUCUAUUGGUAAAUUUGUUGUUGUUAUGAUGCUACUAAAUUUGGUUAGAGAGAGGAUUACCCUCACACAUAAUUGCAGGGCUAGAAUGGUUUCUAAAUGAAUGGCCAACUACUAACAAAUAUUAGAGAAAAUUACAACCACAACUUAUCCAAAAACAGUCAAUUGAGAAAGAAAGAAAGAAAUCCUUGGGGAGGAGCAGAUUAUACAAAAAUAUUCACCCAAAGACAGAAAUUUUUCAGGAAAGAAACAAAGAGGUGGGGAAGAUUGUCUAUGGUUACAUUGCAGAGAUCAUCAACUUCAUUCCGGAGGCAAGGUUCUUCCGGACUUAUAUGGAACGAUCGCCUUCAAGUUUUUGAUUUGCAAACUUCAUCAGUGCCAAGUUCUGCAAUUGGUGCUGAGAAUUUCCAAGACAGAGGAAACAUGUCACCACGUUCAUUUUCUUCUUCCUCUGAACCAACAACACCAACAACUUCUACACCUUCCUCGGCCAAGUCACAGAAAUGUGGUCUAUCAUGUGUUUUUGGAAGGUGCAUCGGAUCUCCUAAAGCAACCUAAAAGUAAUUAAACAUUUUUAACUCCUUUCCAAUGGGAAGGUGCAUGUACAUAACAAUUGCCUUGAUAUUUCUUUUUUGUUUUUGUUUUUGUUUUUGUUUUGUUAGAAUGACUUUUUCCCUUUAAUCAAUUCACGGAUGAACAUGCAAGGAUGCAAUGCCUUGUCUGGGACCUGUCUGGGGGUAUGUAACGAAUCUGUGUGUCAUCCCCAGUUAAACUAGGGUGUCCCUGUAAGCAUUUUUCUGAGUGCAAAAUCUCAGAUUUGCAAGGAUCAUUACUGCUUAUGUCA